UCAGUGUGUAUCUCUCUCUCUUUCUCUAGCGUGACCAAUGGCUGUAUAACUCUUUCAACACAUACGCAACGCAGACCAGCAUAACAGGUUAGAAAGAGCAAACAGAAGUGGGAGGGGAGAGAGGAAGAGAGAGAGAGAGAGAGGCCAGCGAAAAAGACUUUGUCAGAGAAAGGCAUAAAGGCAUCGGAGGGAAAGGGAAGCUCAUCUCUCUCUCUGUGUGUAUGUGAAGACAGCUACAAAAGGAAGAUGCUGUUGAGUUUGUUGGCAGUGGCGGUGGUUUCAGCAGCUGUCCUGUACGUCCUCUUUCACUGGCUCAUCCCUGCAGCUGUGCAGAACUGCAGCUGGCUGGCACUCCUCUGGCACAAUGUAAUCCUUGAGAGGGCCCUUAACAUCAUGACGGGAUCAUCACGACCUCAGCGCAUGCUGAAAGCCGUUCAGAAGAACGCCACAAAAGGAGACCCUAAGAGCGUCAUCUCAGCCAUCGACUACUACUGCCGGCACAAAGAAUGGGCCAUGAAUGUGGGCGAUGAUAAAGGGCUCAUACUGGAUUCAGUGUUGACGGAGGUGAACCCCAGCACGGCUCUGGAGCUCGGCACGUACUGUGGAUACUCCAGCGUUCGUAUCGCUCGACUGCUGCCCCCCGACUCCAAACUCAUUACCAUUGAAUUCAACCCAGCCUUUGCCGCCGUUGCUCGUCAGAUCAUCGCCUACGCCGGCCUUCAGGACAAGGUUACUCUGGUGGAGGGAGCCUCUGGUGACUUAAUCCCCAAAAUCAAGGAGCGAUUUGGAAUAAAAUCUUUUGAUUUUGUGUUUUUGGACCACUGGAAAGAUCGUUAUGUUCCAGAUACUAAACUUCUUGAGGACUGUGGUCUACUCAAAAAAGGCACUGUCCUGUUGGCUGACAACGUCAUUUGUCCCGGAGCCCCGGAAUAUUUGAAAUAUGUGAGGAACAACCCACGCUAUGAGAGCCGAUACUACCCGUCAAACCUGGAGUACACCAAAGUAGAAGAUGGCUUGGAGAAAUCGGUCUUCUUAGGAUAAGAAAGAUCUGAUUCUACACGCAGACGUACAUGAAUGGUUGUGUAAAACAGAAGCGACACAUGCCAAUUCCUCUAAAAUAACCAAUGUUUCUGUCUUGUGAUUCCAUGACUUCUAAGACCCGACAAACUGAUCUUUUUGUCCUUAACAAAAGUCACUUGCAAAAUUGUAAUGCUGUGUGCACUAUUUCUGCUGAGGCUAUGGUUUAAGAUAUUGUACAAUUCAACCUGCUGAUAUCUUGUACAAUUCAACCUGCUGAUAUCUUGUACAACCUAUAUAUUAAGCUCUUAAAAAUUCUUGUUUUUUAUCAUAUUGAGAUUGUAUUAAUACAAUAAAAUAAAAUAAAAGUU